AUGGAAAGCAAUAAAGUAACGCCACAAGAAAUUUAUCUUGUUCUACAACAACAGAAGAAACUACUCGAAUUAAAAGAAAAAGUAGCAGGUUUACUAGGAAAAGUUAAUCAAAACAUUAAUUUAAUAACGGUUGAAAAUCUCGAGUUAGCGAGUUGUCAAGUAGAAAACUUAGGAGAUGAGGAGAACGAAAAUUCCGAAAAUGGAGAGCAAUCCCAAAUUAAUCCAACGACAGAUCCAUUUACAAAACCUAUAAAAACAGAAAAUAUCAACCAACAAUUAAUUGAUUUAGAAUUAAAUUAUCCUCAUUAUGAAGACGAUGAAGAAGACGAGGAAGAUUUUAAAUUUUAA